AUAGAGCAAAUGUUUGCCUAUUUGAAGGCAGGGAGCACACAAUAUCAUCCGAUUUUAUUUUAUCGAAGCCAGAGUCAAGUACACUGCGAGGAUACUGAGGAGCUCAAUGGAGUCUCCAGUGGCGCUCAUCCUAAUCCUGGCUGCACUAAGCUUUGCAGAUCAGGUGCACAGCCAAACCAUAUAUGCAACGGAGAACCCCAUCCCAGUGGGAAGCAAUGUAACACUUGUCAGCAAUUUCAGUGUCACAACAGGAGGAUGGAUAUUCAACAGCCAGCAUAUUGUGUUAACAUUGGCUGGAUAUGUUAAGAUAGCCAAAGCCUGGAUUGACAGAGUAACUUAUGAUAAAAAUACUUCAUCACUGACCAUAACAUCAUUAAAACUGGAAGACUCUGGAGUCUACUCUUUAGAGGAAAUUGAUGUUUUCACUUCUCAGUUAACACUUAGAGUCGAAGAGCCUGUUUCAAAUGUGACCGUGCAGGCAAAAGCAGCCAACCUGGUGGAGUUCAAUGACACAGCAGUACUCGUGUGCUCUGUGUCUAAAGGCACACCCCUGUCAUUUGCAUGGCUGAAUGGCAGCUCUGUGAUCACAGCCAAUGGAAGAGUUCAGCUCAGCAAUGGAAAUACCACUCUCACUAUAAUGAAUGUGACCCGCUGUGACCAUGGGCCAUACAGCUGCCAGGUGUUUAAUGAUGUCAGCAAUGAAAUCAGCCCCUCUGUAAAUCUCACUAUCAGCUAUGGUCCAAGUAAUCCAAAGAUGAUGAUCAUGCCGCAAAUUAGCAUAUACAAAGGAGGAUCUAAUAUCACACUGACAUGCUCAGCGGAGUCCAGCCCUCCACCGGUGAUCCAGUGGAUGGUUGAUGGAGUGUACUUAAACCAAACUGGAUCCAUGCUUCAACUACAGGAAGCUUAUGAGAGAAACUCAGGAAAUUACACAUGCCUCCUUCACAAUACAGUUACAUUCAGAUUCGCCAGCGCAACUGCGGCGAUCCAGAUUGUGGAUCCUGUGACAGCAAUGGUGGUGAGUCAUGCUCCAGCAAUACUUGGUGAGAAGUUCUCUCUGCUGUGUGAAGUGACGGGAACUGCUGACAUUAUUAUUUGGUGGAGAAAUGAUCACCUUAUUUCUGCCGACAAUGAAGCAACAUUUAGUAUGGACAACAAGACACUGACUCUCAACCCAGUCCUGCUCUCACAUGGUGGAAAUUAUCAGUGUCAGGCUUUCAAUUCUGUAAGCAACAUGAUCAGCGACUCCUACACAGUCACAGUUAACUAUGGACCAGAGAUGAUAAGUGUUAUGGGACCAAGUUUGGCAAAAGCAGGAGACAAUGUCACAUUCAGCUGCAAUGCAACAUCUACUCCCUCCAGCCUGUACAUGUGGUACUUCAAUGAUGUUCUCGUCUCCACUGAGUUUGAAUAUGUCACACCUGCUCUGACAUCCAACAUGAGUGGGCAGUACAUCUGCGUGGCCUUCAACAGCAUCACUGGCAAAAACAUCUCUGUCAGCAAGCAGCUUGAUGUUGUUGAUCCAAUCCAAAAUGUAAAAGUAGACACACAAAUGUUGUCUGCCAAAGAAGGUCAUUCCUAUAAUUUAACAUGCAGUACAAAUGCACCUGCUGAUUACAUUUACUGGAUGAAGAAUGAGCAGCCACUGAAUGAAAGCAGCACAGUUGUUUUCCACAUGCAUAACCAGACAGUCAACUUUAAUCCAGUGGAGCGUUCUCAUGAUGGAAACUACCAGUGCAUGGCCAUUAAUAUGGUUUCAAAAAUGUUGAGCGCACCUUACACGCUCCUUGUCAACUAUGGACCAGAAACACCCAUCAUUGAAGGGCCAGCUUUUGCUCAAACAGGACAUCAAGCUGUCUUCAGCUGUUCUGCCGUGUCUGUGCCUCCCAGUCAGUUCUACUGGUGGUUUAAUGGAUCAAUUGUGGCCAAUACCUCAGUGUAUACCACUGAUCUUCUGUCUCCAAACAUGAGUGGAAAGUACACGUGUAGGGCCAUUAAUGAUGUGACAGGAAAGAACACCACAACCUCCGUGACGUUCACAGUCAUUGAUCCUGUGACAGCAAUGGUGGUGAGUCAUGCUCCAGCAAUACUUGGUGAGACGUUCUCUCUGCUGUGUGAAGUGACGGGAACUGCUGACAUUAUUAUUUGGUGGAGAAAUGGUCACCUUAUUUCUGCCGACAAUGAAGCAACAUUUAGUAUGGACAACAAGACACUGACUCUCAACCCAGUCCUGCUCUCACAUGGUGGAAAUUAUCAGUGUCAGGCUUUCAAUUCUGUAAGCAACAUGACCAGCGACUCCUACACAGUCACAGUUAACUAUGGACCAGAGAUGAUAAGUGUUAUGGGACCAAGUUUGGCAAAAGCAGGAGACAAUGUCACAUUCAGCUGCAAUGCAACAUCUACUCCCCCCAGCCUGUACAUGUGGUACUUCAACGAUGUUCUCGUCUCCACUGAGUCUGAGUAUGUCACACCUCCUCUGACAUCCAACAUGAGUGGGCAGUACAUCUGCAUGGCCUUCAACAGCAUCACUGGCAAAAACAUCUCUGCCAGCAAGCAGCUUGAUGUUGUUGAUCCAAUAAAAAAUGUAACCGUAGCUGCACCAGUAAUGCCUGCCAUAGAAGGUUCUCCAUAUAGCUUAACAUGCAGUGUAACUGGAUCUGCUGAUCACAUUUACUGGAUGAAGGAUGGGGAGAGACUGCAUGAAGACAACAGAACUGUUUCCUAUAUGAACAAGACAGUCUACUUUGGUCCAGUGGAGCGUUAUGAUACUGGAAACUACCAGUGUAUGGCUGUUAAUGCUGUUGGAAACAUGACCAGCCCUCCUUACAAGCUUAUUGUCAACUAUGGACCAGAAACACCCAUCAUUUAUGGGCCAGCCUUUGCUGAGAAAGGACGUCAAGCUGUUUUCAACUGUUCUGCCGUGUCGGAGCCUCCCAGCCAGUUCUGCUGGUGGUUUAAUGGAUCGAUUGUGGCCAGUACCUCAGUGUAUACAACUACCUCAUUGUCUUUCAACAUGAGUGGAAACUACACCUGUAUGGCCAUGAAUGAUGUGACAGGAAAAAACAGCACAAACUCCACAAUGCUCACAGUCAUUGAGGCCAUAGAGUCAGUGAAUAUCAAAAAUAACACAAUUCCAAUAGACAAUGCAAACUUUGAUCUCACCUGUGAGGUUAUUGGGCCUAUGACACGAUCUACUGGAUGAAAGACAAUGUGGUCCUCGGCAUGAACGCUUCUUCUAAUAAUCAUACAUGUCCUACAACACUGAAAACAAAAUGCUGCACUUCACUCCAGUGACAAUGUAUAGUGAUGGGACAUAUCAGUGUGUUGCUACCAAUAAGGCUGGUCGUCAUGUGAGCCCUGAGUACAGGCUGCUGGUGAACUAUGGCCCACUGAGUCUGAACAUUUCUCGUGCAAAUGUGUUCAUUAUUGUGACCCUGACGUGUGUGGCUGAUUCUCGGCCAGAUUGUGACUACUACUGGUUCUUUAACAAUCUGACGACACCACUGCAGAAAGGAUCUGUGAUCAUUUUCCCUGCAAACAAAGUGAAUGAGGGAAAUUACAUAUGCAAGGCAUGGAACCCUGUGACUAACAUCACAAUGAUCCAAAAUAUGACUGUCACAGCUCACGCCUCUACCAUCCACUUCUCAUACCAAGGCAGUUUGAUGAUGGUGGUUCUGUUUGCCUUGUCUACCCCCAUGUUGUUCAACUGAGACUUCUACACUUUCAAGUCUUCUGACAAUGAAAGGCCAAAAUCAGUAAAAUCAGUAGGAAAACACUGUGUGGUCCAUAUUCUUAAUUCUUAACAUAUCAGUUGUUUCAUUGGUACAAUGCCUGCUUUGUUUGUUUAUCUUAAAUUAUAGACUGAUCAGUAAAUACUUUUGUUAAUGUUAAUUUUGUGGUCACUGUAAUCACUCCCCUGGAACCAGUGAAGUGAACUCACUUGGAUGGUUUCACAAGGGGAAAGCAUGUGAGUGUAUUCCUCCUUACAAAUUGUAAUCACUCUGAAAACUUAACCAUAUUAAUCAUAUAUUUAAUAUUAUAUAAUGUGUAUGUAGAUGUAUGUUUUAUUGUACCUUGAUUCAUCUUAUUAUUAAUAAAAAACAGCAACACA